AGGAUUGGACCAUGACAGAUGGCCUCUACUCAACCAUGGUCGACACUUCAUGGACGACGCUAACUUCAUCAAAGGAGGCUGUUUUUAUCCUCCUUACGUCUCGGAAUAAAUUUAACAGGCUCAGUUGAUAUCAUACAAAGGUAUAUACGGUUGUAAUAUAGGCCUUGCCAGGAGGACAAUAACUCACAAGAAAUAACGUUCAAGUCGUAUUAUCCUUAAGGAUGUCUGUGAUAAGAAUGUAUCCAAUUCGAAGGAUUACUUACAGUUAACUCAUAAAAUCUUCACUGGGAUGAGCAUGCCUCAAAUAAGCUGACGUGGAACCAAAAUUAAAACAGAUAUGCACAAAUAACGUCUACCGCACGGCGACUUUUGCGGACUUGGAAAGCUUUCAGAACUCGUGUGUAUUUCGGGUGAGUUUUACAGUUAACUCUAGCUCCCUUCAUUAUUUAGAAGGAGAGUUCUGUUCGCCUGAUCGUUUUAAAGCCUCUGACAAAUUGUCGUUUGCUUGUUUGGGGUUCUCCGGAGAGGAGACCUCCAAUUUUAUCCAGCAGCAGACGCCCUUAUCACGCGAGCACGUGCGGUUUGAAAUAGAGUUGUUCGUUCAUCAGUGAUCUGUGUACAGGACGAGCGGGUUUAUGUAUCAGAGGAAGCGAACAUGGCUGUAAAUUACAUUUACACAACAAGACACCUGGGGAAUAUAUCCAAACCUUGGAACCGUUUAUGACAGCACACUUAAAGAAAGAAAAUGUUGAAGGCAAGUUGGCUGUUCCCUUUGUUGUGCAUUUCCAUCCUCGCCUAUGACUUCCGGUGUCCCCAACUGGAGCAGACGACUUCCUGUAAAUGCCGAGGUACCUACGAGUGGUGGAAUAAACGGAACGUCUCUAUUCUGAACUGUAGUGCAGUUAGUCUGCAGACCAUUCCAAACUUGUAUGGCGACCAGAGCUCGUACGCGAUAACUAAACUAUUUCUCAAUGGAAAUAACCUGACUCGCAUAAAGGCAAGCGAGUUUUUGCCACUUCAACAGGUAAAUGAAAUCGACCUCAGUAGGAACUUCAUCGAGACGCUUGAGAACGAUUCUUUAUCGCUUGUAUCUCGGCAUUUGACGCGCCUGGUACUUGAAGGGAAUAGGAUAGCAUUAGACCAAGGAUUAUGGUUUUUAAGAGGACUCCAUACUCUUAAUGAGCUCGUGCUUGAUUCUAACACCAUCCAGAACGAGUACCACACGUUACCCGGGAUACUGUUCAGAGACCUGCAGCUCACAUCUCUCAGGAAACUAAGUAUAAAGAAUUGUGGUAUUUCGAAAGUUACACCUACAGCUUUUCUGGGCCUUGAUCACGUUGAGGAGCUUGAUCUCAGCUACAAUUACUUAGAGAGUGUACCGGAAGCUAUAAUGGUCAUGAAAAAACUGAAAAAGCUUGUUUUGUACGAUAACAACAUCGCCAUUCUUAGUGAUCAUAGUUUUCGCGGCCUUGGUCUCUUAUCGGAGAUAGACAUGAGUCUGAAUAUGAUAUCAGAUAUUGAAAGUGACGCGUUCGAAGGACUGGAGGAUUCACUGAAAGAGUUAAAGUUGUAUUCUAACGCUUUGUCCGCCAUACCCACAAGUUCACUCCAUAAAUUAAGAAAACUACAUUUCCUAGUUUUAUCAAAAAACAAUAUCCAGUUUAUUCAAGACAACGCUUUCAGUGGUUUGCCUAACUUGAAAAUGCUGGAGCUAGACUAUAAUCCAUUGAUAUACUACAAUGAGAUGUUCUCUGGUUUAGAGUAUACACUUGAAACCCUGACAUUGAGAGCAACAAAAUUGACAUCAUUUCCGGUAAACGCUCUCGUACCACUGCGCAAGUUAACAGACUUAGAUCUGUCGUUGAACCAGAUUACUAAACCGAUCGGUAUUGGUAGGUUGAGACUGAAAAACCUGGCAUUGGCUCGCAACAACAUCGUGUCAUUGUCUCCUUCGGCUUUUUCUGGUCUUUACCGAUCAAUCAGUGUCGAUCUAGACAAUAAUAAUAUCACAAGCAUUUCAUUUUUAUUGGAUGUGGCGCCGUGCUCAUUUUCCUACUUGGAUUUGGUAGGAAACCCCGUCCAUUGUGAUUGUGACACUGAACGCAUCAUCAACAGCGGUGUGAUCCCAGGGAUUGGGGGCACGUGCACACUUUCUAACGGUAUGACGUAUGAACUGAACAGUGGAUCCACUUCCGGUGUAAUUCAGCACCUCACGCAGAGAUGUAACACGACAGAGAAAACUUUUAACUGCGUGAACAUGCAGUUCCUCUCAACUUCGUCGGCAGCCAGACCUCACACGACCUCUGUUUACAUAUUUGUUGUGGCCUUGCUAGUAAAUCGUUUGAUGUAACUGAAUCCUGGAUUUUAUUGUACCGAGAGUUCCUUUUCUAUAACAAUUUAACAUUUCAUUGUCUUUUUCCAUUUUUAUUCGUUUUCUAUUUUGAUAACAAACUUCUAUUUGCUAUGUGGCCCAUUUAUCAUCAGAUUCCCGGGACUUCUAAUACAAUUUAUGUUUACAGUCUUCACCCUUUGCAAAAUUCUUGGUUUUGAUUGAAUGAAAUUCAUAUCCUCAAACCAGAAAUCAGAUAAUCAAGAUGUCUAAAAACUGAUACGCACAGAUAUACAAAUUAUAACUAAGUGUUAUUUAUGUAAUAUCAGGUGAAUAGACACCGAAUGUAAUAUCAAUAUCCCUCAAUAAAAUAUGUCUUGUAUGUUGUAAA